AACUGUGUACAAAGCGCAAUUCCCAGUAGCAUGCAAAAUUAUGUUGAUAUACCCACCUACAUAUAGGUACACCAGAGGCAAGCCGCGAAACCUUCUCGAAGGUCGGUACGGCAUUGCUUUGUUUACAUCGGUACCAUGCGCACCUCAGUCUAUUUUUGAAACGAGAGUACGUUGAGAUUUUCAAAACAUAUGGGGAAAUCUGACAAAAAAAUUAAAUCAGAUCGGAUAAAUUCACUGAGAAAACAAUAUGAUGCCUUCUUGGAAGAGGACAAGAAAAGAAAAGAAAGAAAUGAAUACAUUUUGGAGAAGUUGGAUAAAAUGCGCUAUUGCAAUGCUGUGGUGCCCGUUCGUCAAAAGCCCACUGCAUUCUCGGAAACUCGCACAGUUUCUUUCUAUAAUCCACCAAAGCAAGCUGUAGAAAGUCUCCCAAGCGACCCUUACAACGACAAGCGCCUCCUUCAGCGGCCUCUAGAGGUGCCAAAACAACACAUUGACGAAACGAUCCUGCAAGAAAUUAGUAAGAAAUACAUUCUUAUCCCUAAAGUAAGACCAGCUCAUGAUGACUUCGCUACAGAUACACCGUCUAAAAUAGAAGAUAACACGGACUGGAAAAGCAAAUAUCAGAUUUUGGAACAGAUAAAGAAAGAGGAAAAAGAACAAGACAGUCCUACGCAUCAAGAAAUAUUGCAAACUGCAAAUAACACUUAUGAAGAAACGAUAACUAAAGAUAAAGAACAUCCAGUCACCGAAUACAUUAAUAAAAUUCCAGACAAUAUCAUUUCUGAAAAUAAAUUCUCUUAUAAUUUACAAACUUAUCCCAAGGAUAACGUAACAGACAAACAAAGAUACUAUGAUAAUAACAUCGAAACACUGGAAGUUUCCAAUGACAACUUAGAUAAUCCCAAAAAUAACAUCGAGACAACCAAUCCUCAUGAUACAGUAAAUGACAAUUUUGUGAAUUACGAAAAUAACUAUGAAGAUAAUGUUUACGAAAAAAUGUCUACAAACAAUAUUACAGAUAUUUCAGAUAAAAAUAUGAAUAACUAUGAAUACACUCAAAAGUUGGAUGAAAGUAGAAUUAAUAGCACAGAAGAAGAUGUUGUUAUGAAAAUGAGCGGCGAAAAUUCUGCGAAAAUAUAUCCAGAAGCUGACUCAGAUCAAACUAAUAUUCCAUCUAUUCCGUCCGUGCCACCUGAUGCUGACUCUAAUGAGCAACCUACAAAAGAUAAUGAAAACCAUCAACAAGUCUAUGCCAAUCAAGAAAUUUAUUUAGACAGAGAAGAGGUAGCCCCAGUGCAGGAUAUGAAUGCUAGCGAUUUCGUUGACGAAAUAAAUAAUGUCGUCCCUGAAAGCGACCCCAAUAUGGCCGCAGAUACUGAAUAUCCAAUUGAAACAAUUAAUGUCCAAGAUUUUACACCUCAUGAUGAUGUGCAACUGCAAGACGGUAUUAAUAUUAAUCCCCAGCCACAAGUAUUGGUUGGCCAAGAUGACCUGACUUAUCAUUAUGAUCCUGUAGUAGAAACUGAAAACGCUAUUGACGGCACAAAAACGUUCGGUACCGAACAGAAUCAAGAUUUUUACAAUGAACAUGGUGACCAAAAUUAUGAUUAUACUGAGGAGGGCGUUGCGGAUAAUUAUAAUACAGAACAGAUAGCACCGAAUGAAAACUAUGAACAAAAUGAAUAUGCGUAUUAUGAAGGAGCUCAAACAGAACAACCUUAUCCGGAAGCAAAUGAUAACGAAGAAACUUCACAACGUUACGACCAAAACUACGAGCAGCAGUAUGGUGUGGCUUAUGACCAAGAAGCUUAUCAGCAGCAGGGGUACGCGCAAGGGCUCGAACAAACGGAAUAUGCCGAACAAAUGCAACACUAUGAAGGUCAAGAUCAAACACAACAAGAUUUCGAGAAAGUCCAUUAUGAAAAUCAAGACAAUCUUACGCCACAAUACGUCGAGCAACAAUUAGAUAAUGAGCAAGGAUUCACCGAGAAACAAGACGAAAAUAUUGAAAUUACUAACGUAGAAAAAUCUGGAGACUUUCAGCAAGUUGGCGAUCAACAAGUAACACAGUAAAUUUAAUAUUAUUUAUUGCCUGUGCUAUGUAUAUCGUAGUUUAUUGCAUUUGCCUCGAUAGCCUAAUGUUAUUAACUUUCUAAACAAUAACGUUUAUGACUACAUAUAAUUUUUCGGUAGUUUGAUGUUGGAAAGGUUUAUGAAUAAAAACUUUAAAUGAUGUUGUCA